CGGAUGCAGAUGAGCAAGGGACUGGGUGCAGGUGCUGACCAAGCCCCUUUCCUGCCUGGGGCCACUGGGAGCCAGGAGCUAGGGCCAGGGAGAACAGAUCCAGACUCCAGAUAAAGACUGGGGGUGGGGGGGUUGGAGGGAUGUAGUUGGUUCUGGCCUCUUCCCCAGCUCCAAUGAGACCAGUUCCAAAUGGCCUCCGCCCCUUUUCUGCUUCUUGGGACCUAUGUCUUUCACUUUUUCUUCGCCAGGCCCUUUGUCUCCCCCGCUGUCCCCUCCAGAGUGAUCCGGUGCCACCAUCCCUUGUCCCUCUUGUUCCCCCAGCACCACAGCCCCCUGUGUGGGGAGGACGGAACACAGGUCCUGAUCCUGGGCAGGGAAAUGGGGAGGGGAUGCUCUGGGGACUGGGAUCUCCUGUUUACAGAUACUCUUGGCACCUGCUGACAGGGCCCUGCAGGUAACCAUGGCAAUCAGGUGGGGAGCCAAUCAGUGCCUCUCCCCACCCCCAGUGCUGGCGGUGGCUUUCUGAGGCCCCUAGGGAUGAGGAUGGGGAACAGGGAGGCUCUCUGCUCCCAGGGGAGACAAGGAGCUUUUCAGUCCAUGGCAUCUCCUUCCCUUACUACUCUGAGCCCAGAAAGGGACCUGGGGGCUGCUCUUGUAUGAAACCUCAAAACUGACGGGCUGAAUGGGGCUCCUGUGGCUUCUUAGAGACCGGUAUCUAUCCACUUGGAAAGAAAGUGAGCCUGUGACUGAAAUGCCUGAGGCAGUGUGAAGAGCGCAUAUAUUUGUGUGUGUGUGUGUGUGUGUGUGUGUGUGUGUGUGUGUGUGUGUGUGUCCGUGUCCGCGCCCGCGCUGCAUAUGUGUACCAGGUGUCGGGGGUACUUACCCUAGCAGCCUAGCUUCCCUGGCUGGAUCCGACUCUGAUACAGUUUGCUUCUGUCUCGGUGUGUCUCCGGACACAGACGCACACAAGGCAAGCAGUCACGUGAAGUCCCGUUGGAAGCCCAGACAGAGACGGCCACUCGGAGUCUGUUCUGUCCUCUGGAUGGUUGUAAUAAUAUUUGGGCUGCUUGCCAGGGACUAUGUUACCAUGGAAACAACUAAACAGUAGAGUAGCCAGCAGCCUCUUUGAAAUUGUGGGGGGGGACCCAUGCAGGGAGGACCAGCUAGGGCCACCUAUAGGGGCAGAAACUCUGCAGGCCAGGUUUGCAGGCCAGGGGUGGGUGCCUCUGGCUACCUUGCUCACUCUUUCUUUUCUGCAACUCGGUGUCUGUCCCAAGUGUGGCCUUUGUGUCUCUCCAUCUAUCCCAGUCUCUGGCCAGGUGCCCUGGGGCCUUAUUGGCUGUUUGGGUCCUGGCCAGGCUCAUCCUGGGGUCUCUAUAGAAACUGCUGAUCCUGGCUGUGAAUUUCUUGUCCUAGAAAAGCCAGUGUGGUGGCUUUAGAAAUCUUUCUGGAAAAGAAAGGAGGUUGUAUGUUGUAAAGGCGCGGUUGGGGCUUGGCCAGCCUCUCAAGCCCAGCUCCUGGGCUUUCGCUCUGGGAGAGAAGGAAAGAGGCAGGCCUCCUCCAGUCCAGAGCCAGAGUCAGCUUUGAAAUGACCUUGGCCUGCUAGGGUCUGGCCAGGUGCCUUGGAGAGCUGGGGACAGAGCACGCUCUCUGCCCAGUGGUGGCAGGGGUCUGGGGGAGCCUGUGUUAACACAGGUGGCAGAAGUCACCAGGCUGGGGUGUGGUGGGAUCCCAGUGGCACGUGAAGCCAGUCUGUGUGUUCGUGAAAGUGGGUUCCUGGACCAUGCGCACACUGGAGAGCACUUAGUGUGCCUUGGGGUGGGGGGGCACCAUGGCGUGGUUCUCACCACAGUGCACUAAAGGUCUUUUUGCCAGGCUCUUACACUACCUGUAGAAUCCAGGGCCAGGCUGGGCCUACAGCUUCUCCAUAACAUGGGACAUAAUGAAAACCAGCCUUAGGGUUCUCAGCCGGAAGGCCAAAGGGUCAGCGCCGGGAGACAUGCAAGGAUCUGUAUGUGUCCAGGGACGCUGGAGCAGGGGAGUGUUCUGAGGACUAGAGGGACCCAGCCAAAAGGACAAGCAAUAGGCCCGUGUCCUCGGUCCUCUCAAGAAGGCUUCCCCAUGAUGAAUCUCUCAUUGAUGGAGCAGCGGGUGACACUUCCCAGGUCUCCUCCGUCCUCACCCCCGGCACCAUGCAUCGGACCACACGGAUUAAAAUCACGGAGCUGAAUCCUCACCUCAUGUGUGCCCUCUGUGGGGGUUAUUUCAUCGACGCCACCACCAUUGUGGAGUGCUUGCAUUCCUUCUGCAAAACCUGCAUCGUGCGCUACUUGGAGACCAACAAAUACUGCCCCAUGUGUGACGUCCAGGUCCAUAAAACCCGGCCGCUGCUGAGCAUCAGGUCAGACAAAACCCUCCAGGACAUUGUCUACAAGUUGGUGCCUGGGCUUUUUAAAGAUGAGAUGAAACGGCGGCGGGACUUCUAUGCGGCGUACCCCCUGACGGAGGGUCCUCAGCCCCUUGCUCUCUCUCUGACCAACCCCUCUGAGCUGUCUCCUUCUACAGUCCCCAAUGGCUCCAACGAGGACCGCGGCGAGGUCCUAGAGCAGGAGAAGGGGGCUCUGGGCGACGACGAGAUUGUCAGUCUGUCCAUUGAGUUCUACGAAGGAGUCAGGGACCGGGAGGAGAAGAAGAGCCUCGUGGAGAAUGGGGAUGGGGACAAGGAGAAGACAGGGGUGCGUUUCCUGCGGUGUCCAGCAGCCAUGACCGUCAUGCACCUCGCAAAGUUCCUCCGCAACAAAAUGGACGUACCCAGCAAGUACAAGGUGGAGAUCCUCUAUGAAGAUGAGCCCCUGAAGGAAUAUUACACCCUCAUGGACAUAGCCUACAUCUACCCCUGGCGGAGGAAUGGACCGCUCCCCCUGAAGUACCGAGUCCAGCCAGCCUGCAAGCGGCUCACCCUGCCCACGGUGCCCACGCCUUCAGAGGGCACCAACACCAGCGGGGCAUCAGAGUGUGAGUCGGUCAGCGACAAGGCCCCCAGCCCCGCCACCCUUCCGGCCACCUCCUCCUCCUUGCCCAGCCCUGCGACCCCCUCCCAUGGCUCUCCCAGCUCCCACGGCCCCCCGGCCACCCACCCUACCUCCCCCACUACACCUUCCACCGCCAGUGGGGCGACCACUGCUACCAACGGGGGCACUUCGAACUGCCUGCAGACGCCAUCCUCCACCAGCAGGGGGCGCAAGAUGACUGUUAACGGAGCUCCAUGCCCCCCUUAACUUGAGGAAAGGGACCCUCUCCCUCAGCAGCCACCUCUCCCCUGCCUUCUACUUUUUCUGGGCCCCUUUUUCCACCUUUGACUUUCCCUGGUUCCUCCCAUCUUCAGAGUGGGAGGUGGGUUUUAUAAAUAAAUCUAUCUAUAUAUAUAAAUAUAUAUAUAUGUACAUAGGAAGAACCAAAUAUACAUACUUAUUUUCUAUGGACCAACCAGAUUAAUUUAAAUGUCACAGGAAACAAAGUGUGUGUGUGUGUGUGUGUGUGUGUGUGUGUGUGUGUGUGUGUGUGUGUGUAAAAGUGUUUGCGUCUAGGGGGUCUUCUGUAGUUUGCUCUGCUCUUCUUAGGAGGCCAUUGGAAGUAUUAAGGCCCUCUCCUGUGUUCCUUCUGCUUCCCAGGGCAGACAGAGGGCAUGGUGGGUCUCCCAGCUGACUAGAUAUGGGGUUUGUUUCCACUGCUCCCCACCCCACCCAUCUCUAAGCCCCCAGUGUUGAAUGUCCAGAGAUUGCUAAGACAGUGCCUUUGACAAGUGUGGUUUGUCCCCUGCCUGUGAGGGUCGAGUGACCGUGGAGAAAGCAUCUCCCUCACCUCUUUGGACAGCGGGAACCUUGUGCAAAGAAUGGAUAGUUCUACCUUUUUUUAUAUUCCCCCACCACCACCUCCUUUUUUUCUUCUUUUCUGUGUGUGGCUUUUGCAUCAUUUACCUUUGUGGAAGAGAAGAUUCAGGCUAUGGGGAGACCCGGCCCUCCAAGUCUAUGUGUGACUUUCCUCCUGCCCUACCCUGACCCAGGAACCCAUGCUAGCAAGAUGGAGGUGACACUCACUGGGGGCCUAGAGUGGCGGGUUAGGAUGGGUAAGCCCGGACAAGCACAGACUCCAGUUCUGCCCAAGGCCAACAGCUCUCCAGUCUGUUUCCCCAACCCUAGCUGAGGCCGAGCAGGGACAGGCACAGGCAUGCAGAAGCACAAGAAAAUAAAGUGUAAGCUAACCCCCACUCUACCUAGUGGACCACCUAUUAGGGGCAGACCUUGCCUACCUGGUUUUCCUCAAGUGUACAUAGAUGGAUGGGGGGGCGGGGGCAGGGGGAGGGGGAGGACCAGGGUAUUGGCUCAGGUAUGUGAGGUCCUGAGCCCAUGGGUCUGUUUGCACCAUGUCCUGAGUCUUGAGGUCCUGUGACUGUACCCUCCUGUCCUGGUCAUUUGUAUCUCUUGGUUUUGUAAUAAAUGCUGCAUACUCUCUU